AUGGCGCAUCAUUUGUUCAGAGCAAGAACGAUAAUUGUUGGUAAAAAAGGUGUCACAGAUGCAAUGAACUCACUCCAAAGAGUCAUGCAAAAUGAAAAGCAAAUUAAAGACAUACAGCUUAACAGAUAUUAUGAAAAACCUACUGUUAAGAGGCGAAGAAAGAAAUAUGAAAGUAAACUAAGAAUUUAUAAUGCUGAGAUGGACAGAAAGAUUGGCUUCCUUUCCAAGAAAGAUCGAGGUGAAACACCGUGGUCUUGAAUAACCUGUGGGGACAUAUUAUGUACUUUGUACAGUGGACUUCGUUGCUGCUGUUUAAUCUCGCGGCAUGUGGAUUUUUACAUUAACAAGAAGAAAUUAAUAUUGGAACUUUAUAACAAACAAAAUCUACAAAUGAAGAAAUUAUCAAUUUGACAAUUUUAAUAUAACACUACAUGAUAAAACUGUCAGAGUUGAAAGUACAAUGUCAGAGACAUUGUGUUGACAGAAGAAUAUAAAAAUUAACUGAAAACAAAAACAAAUUGAUUGAGGAGUAUAGUGAUCAGUGAUGCACCUGGAAACUUACGAAUAAUCUGAUAACUGAUAUUCAAGGGCCAGUAAAUGGCUGAUAGUACCAAUAACCAAUACCAAUAUUUUAUUUCCCUUCAAAAUUCACAUAUAACAUUUGGACUUUGACAACUCAUCAUAAGUAUGAGUUAAGAACUCAUGCCAAUCAUGCAUUAAAACUUUCCUUAUACAUUGAAUUUAUAUUGAUACAUUUGAGUGAAAAAUACUUAUACCAAUAGUUUGAAUUUAGGGUCGAUAUCUGGUAUGCUAGCUAAAGCCUAAUAGGAUAUAGGUGCAUCAAUAUUUAGGAGAAAAUAUGCAAAGUUUUACACCAGCAAAUCUACAAAUAUGUAUGAGUGUUCUGUCCACGUAUUCUGAGAAGCACCAAUUUUUCUAUCUAAUCUCAUACCAUACUUUAGUAUUUAGUAUUUAUGUCUUCAAAUGUGUAAAAGUAAAAAGCAUGUAGCAGACAUUCCAACUCUCCUGAUUUUAUUUGAUUUUUCAGAACAUUCGGAAAUAUCGUAAAAAAAACAUAAACAUGCUGUUUUUGCAACAUAAUAGUCUGUUUUGACCUUUUUAUGAAGUUACUUAAUGGCAAUUUAUAGGAUCACUUAUAACAACAUCUUCCCAAAAUGCAGGAAAUGCCAUUUCAGAAGACUUAAUUUUUAAAUUUUUUUCACAGAAGAACAAGAUUUCAAUUCACUGAACAGUCUCCCUAAAUUUUACCUCGAAUAGUUGGAAUGUCUGAUGUAGGUAUUUAAAUAUUUUUAAAAUUCCCAGACAAUAUUUGCAAAAUCUGUAAUAUAUUUUUGGCAAAUUAUAUAUUCUUCAGUUGAAAUAUAGAAAUAAUAGAUACCAUUUCUAUCAAUAAUAUCCAAGGACUAGGUACUUUAUAACUGUGUGCAGCUCGAUCUGGCUAACCAGUUUGUACUGUGUAGGUUAAAUUGAAUGCAUGCUGCAUACAAAAAUGGGCAAGUAAAAUUGUGCUGGAUAGCAAAAUCUGCAAGGUUUUAAGACAAUGCAGGGACUUCAAGUACCGGUAUAAUUGUCUUAAAAACGUCAUUUUUUUUAAUUAUUUAGAACACAUUUUGCAACCAUUUAUUGUGUGGAUAACAGCGUAUUUACUGAGUUCCCUGUGCAACUCUUGGUGCAACUAUGUGUAACAUAUGAUUGGCACAAUAUUUUUGGUUUUUAAGAAUAUUUAAAAAGGCAAGAAGAGAAUUUGAUUCUUGUUAGUCGUUACCAAAAUUCCCUUUAAUACCAGCACACCACCUCCCACACCCCCUACAGUGGCUGACUGCCAGAUGUGACAGUGACACAAUUAUGCAGAGUUGCCAGGUGGAUUUGGGUAAAAGUCCCUACCAAGACCCUAAAAAAUCCCAAGAUUCCAGCUUUUUUCUAAAAAAGCCCAAGGUGUCCCGUUUUCCGAAAAGAAGACUGGAACCGACUCAGUGUAGUUGAAAUAAAUAAAUAAAGUGAAUCACAUGUAUCCACAAAUAUCUGAAUCCGAUCAAUAUUUGCAAGAUAAAACCUUUUUUAUUUGCACACAAUAAAGGAUGAAACCACUAAGGGGCCAUUCACAAAGGAUGUCCGGGGGGAGGGGGGGGUCACUAAUUCGGACAAUGCCGGACAAGGGGGGGAGGGGGGGUCUGAAAAUCCAUCAUUUGGCCGGACAUCCUUUGUGAAUGGCCCCUAAUGAAAACAUGCAUUAGAUGUGCUCAUUUACUAUUUCUCAGCUAAAAUGUUUUUCAAUUGCUCUUUUAUUUGAAAUAUCCCAAGAAAAUUCCCAUGUAAGGUCUUACUUCUGAAAAAAACAAUACUAAAAAAAUCCAAAUCACUUUAAAAAAUCCCAAGAUCUUGGGAUUCUUGGCGGGGACAAAAUCCCAAGGGUGGCAACCACUGAAACAUUGCGGAAGAGGUUAUUUCGCUGGCCUCAAAGUGACAAAACGUAACAAUGCAAUGGUUUUACUAACACUAACCCUAUUCCAAACACCAACUCUAACCAUAAUCCUAACCCCAACCCUAUCCCUAACCUAACCCUACUCCAAGUUUGUUUCUAAACCAAUCUUGAAGAAAAAAGUUUUGACGAAAUGUCAUUCUGAGGUCAGCGAAAUAGUAUUUUCCAAACAUUGCAAGCGCAGACAUAUGAUUUGACAUACGGGUUCCCUGUGCAAUUUUUUGCGCGGGAAAAAAUUAAAACCUUGAAUGUUUUUUUUAGUUCAAAAGUAGUCAAAAUAUUUCCAAAUUGAUAAAACAGUUGAUAAAAAAGAUGCAAUGCUCUCCAUAGAGAAUAAAUAAUUGGAGCACAAUCGAAAAGGAUUUAAUUUUAACACAACUUUAUAAAGUAUGAAAUAUGCCAAAGUAUUUGGGAAUCGAUUUUUUAUCACAGGUAAAUAUAUUUUUCGCUUUUCGUUUCCAGGAGAAAUGAGGAAAAAAAACUAUUUAAUACAGUUUUUUCGCGUUUCCAAACAAAUUAUGUGUAUCACGUUUCCUUUUUAUGAAAUUAUGUGCUGUGGUUGUAUCUUUUGCAUUCUUAUUCAUGUCGAGGAUGCUUUUAUAUAUAAUACCAAUUUCAAACAUGGAAAACGGCAAAAAUAUUGAGAAAAAAAUGUUUUGCCCAUGUUUUCCCAAAGUUUACUAAUAGACUUGAGUACUGCAUAGUGUACUUUUAGUUCUAUACACUGUAUUUGUUUCAUUUUAGGCUUUGAGGCAAAAAGAUCAGUUGCUAUCUCGUAUGUUAAUAAGCUGUCCAGGAUAUGGAGAAGAUGAGACUAUUAUACUAAUAUCUGGCAAGACUGAAAGAAAUUUCCCAUGGUAUUUGGUUAAAGGUAGACAAUGUAAUAUUAAAUAUGUGAUAUAUAAGUUGCACAAUCAGGGUCUUUUUUAACCAUAUCAGUGUUUUUAACACAAGUUGCCAUGUUGGCCGGCCCCAGUAUUAAAAUUACAUUCCUCCCCCACUCUCUCAGUACAGUGCCAAUCAGUGCCCACUCUGACACUCUCCUCCGCAGAGACACAGAAUAAAGACAUACAGAAGUGUAACUUCCAUUACAAUUUACAAAACCGUAUUAAGGCGCUUUUUUACCGAAAUAGCUGGCGGCCAUGUUCUUAGCAAGUGCCCUAAAGAGAGGCAUUCACCUCCCUGGAAUAUUAAAUUUUAAAUAUGUUUUCAGGGGGUGACUGCCUCUCUUUAGGGCACUUGCUAAGAACAUGGCGGACUGAAAAAAUCUCUUACGUGAAAUUAACCUGAAGUGAGAUCUCUGUAUGUACUUCCUCUGUGGCAGAGACUUUUUUGGCUCGCAAACCUAAGUAAGUAGCAGGCAGAAGGCGGGUGCGGGUUGAGAGCGGGAUUCGGGAGGGUGCGGGUUGAAAAUGCUACUUACUUGGCCAGCCAGAAAAAGCGGCCAAAAAGCCUCUGCGGAGGAGAGUGUUCCUCCCCCAAUAAACUUCCCUUUUGGACAAUGUCCUUGACCUUCAUGCCUUCUCCCUGUGCGCACACACUCCUGUCAUUUUAUUAUUCAUGGUUUGCUUAAAAUCGACUACCUAUUCACAUCAAACCCUCUCCUCCAACCAAUGAUGAUUGUCCAUUACGUGCAUAUAGGCGUACGGGAGGGAAAAACCGGGGGGGGGGCAGAAAACAAAUUGCCCGAGUUUUCCCCCAUUGUGCCUGACAUAUUGAAAAAAAAUUUCCGUGUAAACUUUCCAAAAUUGUUGUCGACGGGAGGGGGGAGGUGAGGUCGACCAAAAAUUUUUCCUAUUUGUCUAUGUCUUCUUUUUGAAGUUAUUUCCCCCAAUUUGUGCCCGAAUUACGUUUAUAAUUUGCCCGAGCCCCGAACUUCAUUUUGACUGGGAGGAAACUAUCCCCCUAUGCAUGAAUGUACGUUUCUUUGCCAUGAUCGUUUCUUUCUAUUUAAUAAUGACACAUUUAAUUAGCAGGACCUCACUAUAUAGGUUUUUGUUUUCCCAACAAACUUUCGUUGGUAGGAAUGCAACUAUACCUGAAAAAUAUAAGGCGAAUUUCGACGUUCCGAGCAAAGGCUAUAAAUAAGUUGCUUUUCGCUUCGCUAGUAGACUUCGCUAAUCCAAUGGGGUGAAUGGACCAUUUACAUUAUAGAUUGAAUUUUGAUCUAAACAAGUCUAGACAAAAAUUUCAUCACAGCUUGAAAGAGCAUCACAAAAUUAGUAAUAUUCCAAAGUUUCGUUGCGAAAUGUUGUAAAAUGCGGAUAAUAUAGCCUUGCGAAGUUUGCCGUUUUUCAACCAUUUUGUAUUACAAACGGGAAAUUGACAGCCCCAAAGGGUAUUGGGCUGUCAAUUUCCCCCGCGUAAUGCAAAAUGACUGAAAAACGGCAAACUUCGCAAGGCUAUAUUAUCCGCAUUUUAUAACAUUUCGCAACGAAACUUUGGAAUAUUACUAAUUUUGUGAUGCUCUUUCAAGCUGUGAUGAAAGUUUUGUCCAGAUCAAAAUUUAGUCUAUAAAUUAUAAUGCAAAUGGUCCAUUGCCAUUGGAUUAUUUUGGUAGGAUUAAGGAUUUUAGGAUUGAGGAUUAUUUAGCAAACUUGCCGGCUUUCUUGCCAACUUGACAGCAAAUCAGAUUUCGAUAUUUUUAUUGAAUGAUUCACUCUUAUGCAAUUUUAAAACAUUCUUAUUUCGAUCAAGAAAGUUAAAAAAUCGAGACCGACCUAUGCGCAAGACAAUCAAGGGGGAAAAAACGCGAUAAAAAUACCGACAAUGCCAAUGGUUACCGCCAGCUUUUGGCAGUUUCCAUUAAAUGAUGUCACAAUCAGUGCGCUAAUGAAUUACCCACAAUACUUUAUUUUCGUGGCAGCUAAUUAUGAUGUAAUAAUGAACUUUUGGCCAGUAAGCUGCGUCCAUGCAUCUGUAUAACACAAAUAUUUGGUGGCGUGUAUUUGGAUGGCGAGCCGUUUUCCCGUUCUUUGAAGGCGUGUUUUGAUGGCGUAUGUAUUCAGUGAUUACUUAACUCGGGUACAGUAAAGUGAAAAAUUCCUGAUUUUCUGAUCGAGAACGCAAACUGAAAGGAUGCAUGGUAAAAGUAAUCGCAUACAGUAAUGAUUAAUGGUGAAAGAAUUUUGCAAAUUGUUAGAGUUGGAACAUGAUUAAUUAAAUUAAGGUAUGAAUUGUUAUGAUUGUUAAAUGUGUUUGACUUGUUUGUGUCAAGUUAACCCCAAUGAUUUGACUUUUUGUCUUGCAUUCUGUUUUGCAUUUUGUUUUGCGCGAACUCAGUUUGUUUUACUGUUGCUAUGCAACUAACUAACGCAUUAAUCAGUAUGUUGACGCCAUUGAACCGAAAGCCGCGAACACUUUUACGGAUCAAUUGAAUUUUUAAAUUUGCUUUAUAGACUGGUGUUAAUUAAAAUAUCUUGGGUUUCAUUAGACUUUUCAUUGAAACACGAUAUGUUGAGUGGGAAUACUGCAAUACAGUAUGUCAUAUAAAUGGUUAAUAUAGAAAAAAGAAUGCCACGCAGUUUCUCUGGAGCAAGUCUUCCAUGGAGAAGUGAAAAGUCUAUAUCAGAGUGAAGAAUUUGCAAAAAUCAAAAAUUGCCAUGGAAAAGAUCCAAAUCUUAAUUGCCUCACAACUCAAAUCUGUCUGUUGAAAAUAGUUAACUGGAAACACUGCGGUACACUAAAUAAUAUAAAUGGUAAAGAGAACGUGAGUAUCCCUGGUACAAGUCGUCCUUGGAGAUGGUAUUCCCAGAGCGCGAAACAACAGCUGCGGAUACGCCUGCAUAUGAUGAUUGUCGAAAGAGUGAAGAAUUGUUAUUCCAAAAUUAAUCUUACCUCACGCCAAAAAAGAUCCAAAUCCUGAUUGUCUUAAAUUUGGCAAAAUAAUUCAUACCACUGCACGCUUUGGAUAAGAAGAAGAGGUAGAUGUGGUCAAGAAUUCAAAGAAGAAUAUGAUAUUAGUCAUCUUGUGUAGACGAAACAGCACAAAAAAUGAAAAACUGAAUCUAAACUGACUGUCUUUAGUUACCUGACUGAAUGCAGCAUGUAAACUUAAUGCAGGCAUGGUAAAAUCUAUUAAAGAUCGACAGUGUCAUUGAUAAUCCAAGGAAUGUCCAGAGGAAUGAGGAAUGUCAUAGAAACACCUGCACAAAUAAUCUGUAUAUACUACUAACAUUUAAAGUAAAGCGCCCGUGUGAAUUGUGAUUUUGUCUGGUGUGGCCGCCCAGCUAAGAUCCCAAGAUACUUCAAGGUUUUUGCUAUCUUGAUUCCAGCUCUACGACAAAGUGUUAAAUUUUGUGAAUUACGAAUACAGUACAAUUGAUACAAUAAUUUUUACUGAUUCAUUAAUGUUUAGCAUUAUUAAUAGCCGUUUUCACAUGAGAAGACGGACAAGUCGUCUAGACAAACAAAUCGUCUCAAAAUCGUCUUUUAGUCGGACAAAUCAUCAGAUGUGAAAACGUAUCGGACAAAAUUUUAGACGAACAAGUCGUCUGAAUUUGUUCGACUACUUGUCCGUCUGUGAAGACGAUUUUUGAGAGACGAUUUGUUCGUCUAGACGACUUGUCCGUCUCUAAUGUGAAUAGGGCUAAUAUGAUAUUUAGUUUUAAUUAUGGCAGCGUUCGUAAAAACAUUGAAAAUAGUCAUUUGAUCGAAAGUCUGUCAAGAUUAUAUAUAUUAUAUUGUAGAGAAUAAGACAUAAGUACUUGAAGGUGCUUGACUUGGUUUGGAUCAUUGCACACUUCUUUAGCUUAUGUGACUUUUUGAAACUUGCAUGCUCGACCCAAGAUUUGUUUUAACUCUCGUUUUUCUGUAAAUUCCCUCAAAGCUAGUGGUGUUCGAAAUCCUUUCCUGAUGGAUUCCGAUGUGCAAAAGUAUAUUAAAUCUUCGAUCGAGAUAUAUUGAUGUUCUCUAGUCUAUUCUUGGGUUUCAUAUGACGUCACAGAAGUGACGAGGGGGGGGGGGUCAACUCUAAAACAAAACACAGUUAUCAGAGUGAGUCGAUUGUUCGUUUUAUGUAUUUAUAGCCUUGUGUUUGGCGGUAAAUUCAUGGAAUUUCGUAUCUUUUUCUCACUCCAGUACAGCAUAAGCAUCAAUACAUUUGAGGUUGACCCUCCGUCUGCAGAUUCACUGCAUAAUGCCUUAGUGAAACCCAAAGUAGGCAAAAAAUAACAACCAAAAUUAUAUCGUAUUUAUUUACUUAAACCAUGCAGUAUAGCGAAACAUGUAUACACUUAUACAUUUACAAUCUUAUUUUAUUUUUUAUAUAUUUUAAUAAAUAGCUCAGUUUGAAAAAGUUCCGAAAAACGAUGCUUUAUCAUAUCUUUUGGAGAUCCUUCCUUCAAGAUUUGGUCGUAAACCAGAAAGACUGCACAGUACGGCUCGUGUGAUAGAAUAUGUUCCGAGCUCCAAUCCUGAUUCACCGCCACCAAGUUUUCUUUCUGAUUCGCAUUUUGAUCUUGAAGAAGAAAUAGUCAGAGAUGUCUGUGAUUAUCUUAGUCGACAUGAAGUUGACGUUAGCAAACAUGAUUUACCUUAUUCUUCUAACACAGGUAAGUAUUGUUCAUCAAUACAAGUUAUGUAGUAAGUUCUUUGUAUGUUUGCAUGGCAAUAAAAUAUAAUAGUUUUGUUUGUGGAAACACCAUGCACGUAAAUUUAUUACUGCAAAGCUUUCGAUCCGUAAGCCCGGAUCUUCAUCAGUGGAUCUUCUUCAUAUUAUUAGCAAGAAGAUCCGUAAGCCCGGAUCUUCUUCAUCUUCUUCUUCAUAUUAUUAGCACUGAUGAAGAUCCGGGCUUACGGAUCGAAAGCUUUGCAGUAAUAUAUUUACGUGGUGUUUCCACAAACAAAACUAUUAUUAAAGUUAUGUAGUAUUUAAAACACGAGCAGGAAUGCUUCAUCAGAUCGAUAUAUCUGAUAAAGCACGCGGACUGCGAUUUUUAAAUGGCUUAAAAAAACGACCCAUCUGAUGAGUUUCGUAACUGGCGAAGUAAUUUUAAAACUAAACGUUGUCAAAACCGAGAAAAUCAAAGCUAAAGUUUAUGUAAAUUAAUGAACAUGAUUUUUUGUCACGUAUAAAUCGCAAGUAUAAAUCAAGUUACGCAAUAUCGGUAUACUAUAUGUACUGCAGUUGUGAGUUUACAUGCAAACUUAAAUUGAAUCUCCUGUUUGAAAAUAACAAGGACAAAUCUUUAUCCGAUUUACAAACAUUGAUUAAACAUUCAUUUUAUUUGAAUUUUCUUCAUGAAUAAAUGAGUAUUUUAAAAGUAUAUAUAAUAACUACUAUGCAACCAUCAAUAUAAUUAAUAAAUAUUAGAACACCGUUUCUUCAGUUUUCUUCUUCUUUCUUCCUUUCCUCAUUUUUUCUCCCAUCAAUAUUGCCUUUCCCAUUUCCUAAAAAGGAAAAGAAACAUCAAAACAUUACUGCAAUAUCCCAAAUAUAUUUAAAAGUGUUCAUCAUAAAGUUCGCUGAAAUUCACUAAUGUAAACAAAUGAUCUUAUAUUUUAACUCAUUUUUAGAAGAAUGGCAACUAGAGGAAAUGGUUAUGAAAGACUGCUUUGAAGAGUUUUUGCGACGUAUACCACGUUUCCAAGAUUUAGCACUGAGACUCAAGCCAAGAAAAGUGACUGAUCCAUUUGUUGGAAAGGAUGGCUGCUUGAGAAGUGAAUGCCGGACCAUAUGGUACGAGCUAUUUAAAUAUACACUUCAUUCUUUGAAUAUUAUAAAUAUCUUUGAAUAUAGUAAAACAUUCUUAAAGUGAUUUGGCUGGCUAUUUAAAUAACACCAUGCCAUCGCCUUAUUAAAGUAUAGACUCUUAAUAUAUAUUUUUACCAAAACUUAUCCAUCGCAAUAUGGAAAGGUUAAUUAUACUGAUCUUAAACGACUAUAUUUUGUGUUUCGAUUUUCUGUUUCAGUUCAAGACUUUACUGUGAUCAAAAUUUAACUAACAUUUCCAUUGUUGGAAUACCGUCCAAGGAAUCCUUUGUAAAACUAUCGAUUUCAGAACAGGUUGGUCAAAGUUAAAGGAUUGAAAUAGUGUGAGCAUUGUAAAUAUUACUAGUCAGAUUCUUCUGACUUCAGCACUUGUUCUUGAAAUCUAUGGUGUUAAAAUUGUGAGCAGUCUGCGCGGCCUGGAGUCUGGAGACAAGAGUUUAUCAUUGUAAUCCUCCGAAACAUUUUCAUACUACACGUGUUGAAGCCCAAAAUAUGCAAUUUUGGUAGAAAAAGCUUUGUUUAAACAUUUGUUCACUCUCGUGUUCUAUUUGCCUAUGUGCUAAUAUGCUUAGUUGCAUUAUUCAGGUUUUCAAACACUCAUUAACAAUUCAUAAGCUUAUUGGCAAAUCAUAUGUCAACCAUAAUAUGUCACGUGAAGAGGCUUUACACCUGAUAAAACUUAUCUUCAUUAGUAGUCUUUAUAUAAAAGUCCAAACUAAUUAGUAUUCUUCAUAUAAAAGUCCAUCCGAAUUAGUAUUCUUUAUAUAAAAGUCCAUCCUAACUAGUAUUCUUUAUAUAUUGAGGGACCGGUCAUUAAUAAUGGGAGGGAGGGGGGUGGUGGGUGAUAAAUACCAAAUAUUGAACAUGUUUUAGAGCCCCCCGAUUGCAAGACCUUUAUUUUCAAGACGCCCCCACCUUCAUCUAGAAAAUUUAGGACUCCCCCCAUUCCAACAUUUAAUUCGUUACAUUUUUUGGUGUGAAAUAGGUAAUGGGACAAGUAGUAGUGUAGUCUAAAUAAUUAGAGGACCAGUAUUCAAAUUGGUUGUUAUUUACUCUGGCUCCUAUGAUGUAUAUACUUAAUAACUGUAUAUACUUAAUAAACUAUGGAAACGACGAUUAUAGGAAUUAAAAAAGGCGAGAGGUUGAAAAUGAGUAAGAAAGUAUUAAAAAAUUGGGGUUGCCCCUUGUCACAUGAGGCCGCCCCCAAUUCAGGCAAAAAUAGUUGAAGUCGCUCCCUUUUUCUCACCCACCGCCCCCCUCCCAUUAUUAAUGACCGGUCCCUAAAGAAUACUAUUGAGACGGCAUUUAUUGUAGUCGUGUUUGAAGUUUAUAUAUUUAUCUCAAAUUCUAGACUGAAACUGAACAUUACAAAUUUGCAAGUCCCUUGAUUGGUUCGGCCUACAGCUCACACGACGCGUAUAUUGAAAUAAACUACAAGAAACUUUCACCAAUACCAGAGCAAAGUAGUGAAGUGAUUUUGGAACAUAAUAGAUAUUUUAAGGGUAAGUUGAAUGUACAAAGUUCAGAAUAAAGUAGUGUAUACUGCUAAUCAAACAGAUCACUUAUCCUGAGGUUAAAGUAUGCUAAGGUUAAAGUAGGGUUAAAGUAACACCUAUAUUCACGCACGAAAAUAUAAUGUAUGGAAGCACAUUAAUUUAUAAUGGGUUAAUUGAUUACGUUCUCCUUUUGUUAUCUGUCCUUCCUUUUUUCCAUCAAUUAAUCUAAAUUUAACAAAAAUUCGUCUCUAAUAUAUGUUUGGGUUUUAUUCGUGGAAAUUUUCUUGUGGCAAAACACUUGCCCUUGUUGGUAAUUGAGCAUACAAAUCCUUCAAAUGCAUUUUCAACUUUUUUUGUUGAAGAAAUACAGAGUUCCUGCAAAACUGUAACAUGGACAAAGCAUCAAGAGUAUGAAACGUCUCUAAAAUACCACGUAAAACCAAAAGUAAAGUCCUUCCUAGAAAUAAAUCAAACAGGUAAAGAUGUUCUAAAUCUAGUGUCAUGCCUGCAAGCUUAGAGCAACAAGCUUAAAUCGCAGUUUGUCUCAGAAUUGUCUUUUGAGACGUAAAAUCACCUGACAUUACAAUAUUGGAUGCAGGACGGUAGGUUUCUACUUUUUAACAUGUAGCUCUCGACUCAUGGAUUGUUUGAGUAACUGCUGCAUAACUAUUCACACGCUCAUGUCGCAAGUAAAUGAUGUACGCUGUGUUUUUCUUUUAAGAAAUCAAUAUUGCCGUUAAAGAUGUAUCGUCCUUGGUAUUAGAAUCACCACCACCAUGCCACCGUACUGAACAUAAAGAAAACGUAGAUUUAAACACACAAGAUAUCGAUCACCUAGAACCUUGUCAACUUCAUCUAGAAGAAUCAGUGUAAGUAUCAAUAAAUAAUCUACAUAAGCUGCCUUCGACAGUAAUUGCAUGGCACAUAAAAUAUUAUAUUAUAUAGUAGAGAGUGAAAUACCGAAAAAUACACAGUGAGAUAUUUUCCAUAUCUUCACUAGUGAAGAUCAUGUAGACUACGACAUAGUCUGUGUGUGUAAUGUGAUGAGUGCUAGCGCCCUAAUUUCCGCCCACGAGCGUCUGUGACGCAGGCUAAAGAUCAUGUGACUUUUUCCAAUUUGCUUUAGAACGUGAAAUUUCAAAAUUUUUUGCUUGGGACUAUAUAAUAAACAGAACAUUACACAGUGGCUUGAAGAUAUGAAAACGAUAAAAGUCAUAUCUUCGUGCCGCCGUGCAAUAUCCUCUAUAUAUCUUGCAUAUACAAUUCUGUAGCUACGUAAAUUAGAACAGUCAUCCUCUCAGUAAAUUUUUAAAAUUGUAAGCUAAUUGCUAAAUUGGUUUUCCCAACCCUAUAUAUAUAUAUAUAUAUAUAUAUAUAUAUAUAUAUAUAUAUAUAUAUAUAUAUAUAUAUAUAUAUAUAUAUAUAUAUAUAUAUAUAUAUAUUUCGAAAAAUGUUAAAAUUGCAACCAGUGGAAGACAUCUUUUGGAAGCUAAAAAUAAAGCUUGGAAGGUUGAAACUGGUUAAAAAUUUAUUUUAAAAAUAUUAAAAUAUCGGAAAAUUCCGAUAUUUUAAUAUUUUUAAAAUAAAUUUUUAACCAGUUUCAACCUUCCAAGCUUUAUUUUUAGCUUCCAAAAGAUAUAUAUAUAUAUAUAUAUAUAUAUAUAUAUAUAUAUAUAUAUAUAUAUAUAUAUAUAUAUAUAUAUAUAUAUAUAUAUAUAUAUAUAUAUAUUUAUAUAUAUAUAUAUAUAUAUUUAUAUAUAUAUAUAUUUAUUUAAUCUUAAAAAUGGUAUAUGUUGCUACUCAGAGUUUCAUGCAAUUUCGCAAUCUUCAGGCAACUGUUAUUACAAGUAAGUUCAGUUUUGUUUGUUGACGCUACUCACUAACGGUUUGCUGACGCAUGCGUUCGUUGGUCGCGCACGCUCUCAAAUUUUCCCGCGUGGAAUUUCUCUGCGUGGCGGCACUUCGCGAAUAUUUCCGAUCUUCUAUUAAGGCAACAUAUACCAUUUUUAAGAUUAAAUAUAUAUAUAUAUAUAUAUAUAUAUAUAUAUAUAUAUAUAUAUAUAUAUAUAUAUAUAUAUAUAUAUAUAUAUAUAUAUAUAUAUAUAUAGGCUUAGAUGUCUAUACGACAAGUACAAAAGCCCAAUAAAUAUUAAUGGAAUUAAAUGUUGAUAAAAUUUUCGCAGAUGUGUUUUCUCCCCACGUUCACAAAAGAAAACCACACAAGAAGUUGAAGCUUCCAGCCGAUUGCCAGAUAAAAUUUCUUCUCUAAUGCUUGUUGGUAAGUUAGACUAUAUUAUGCGUCUUUAAAUCAAGGGAAAGUACGUUUCGAUUUAAUUAACUUCUUUUCAAGAGUAGUAUAAUAUCACUCUUGGACGGUGGCCGGACAUUAAUUUUUAUGUUACGUUAAACUGUAUCUAAAUACGUUUAGCCAUAUUGUAACAUGCGACAUUGGACCAUAUAGUCAAUACCGUAAACGUUGCAAUUUACCAACACAGCCGCCAAGCUACACCUUACUGCAUGUACCAUACAUACAUACCAACCAAAUUAUACCAUUCUAAACCAUGAACGAAACAGGCUGUAUCAUUGUAAGGAAUUCAAAUGAAGGAGUGUUGUAUCUGAUAUGUAAGGCUCGACUGGACGGACAUGAAUAGUACAGAACACGUUUUCGUACUAUCAUCAAUUAGGCCGUCCGCUCUAGGCACUUUUCGAGGUCACAACAUGCACGGACUAAAUAGAUACACUCGUCCCAAACUACACAAAUCAUAUGUCGUACAUGUAAAAUAUACCAUUUAACACCUUCAUAUAAUUACCAAUCAUAUCAUGCUUUUCAUAAAAUGUUUAUAACAUAGAAAAAUGAUUUUUACAUAAUUUUUUGAAGCCUUCAUAACGGGUUCAUAAUGUACUAAUAUGCGUUUCAAGGACCUGCAUGUAAAUAUUUCAAUCAUUAUUACAGUUCCUGAUGUUGAUGACAGCGAGUUAGUGCGUCAAGAUUUUACUCGAACAUUAUCAACAUUGUCCAAAGAAACUAAAGAAGACUUCCAAAGUGAGUUAGAGUUACAGUUACACUGGGAUCCAUUACAUGCAACACCAGAAAAGAAUAUCAACCAACUUCGAUUUACCACCGAUUGUAAAGAAUGUUCUGCACCUGAAUCGCCUUUGAAGGUGCCUACGUUUGCUUCAGAACUAAAAGUUAAAUUGAAGAAAAUGCCAUGGGGAAACGUUUACGGUAGGUGAUUGAUGUUAACUCAGAUUUUAUACAGUGAUGGAACAUAAUUUUUUGAUAUGACUUGCCAUCAGGAUAAGUUGGUCAUGAAGAUUGCGCUUCGGAGGUAUAAGCAGGUUUUCCCGUCAACAAACCUGUUCGAAAGCUGAUUAGCUUAUACCUGGAUUUGAUUAAAGUUUAAAUUGUUCUAGCAGCAUGAAUAGAAACUUCCAAAUUAAUUUACGCUCAAACGGCUUCACUGAUCUUAGCCUGCGCGCAGUCCCAGACUCCCAAAGGGUCUGGGACUGCGCACAGGCUACACUGAUCUGGAUUGAUUGAAAUUGUACUUCAUUUCUGAUAUUGUGAAAUAAACAGGCAUGCAAAAACCCUAAAUAGUUAGCAUAAAAAUAUUUUAACUCAAAAUAUUUUAAUCCACGAUUGACACUUGUCAAACUUUGGUCUUUUCUGCCCCAGAUUUUAUUACCUUCAGCACAUGCAACAGGAAAUAUGACCCAAUAGAGAGUUUGCUUUGCAGUGAACUUGAGGAACGAGUUUCCUUUUUAGUUUACUUCAACAUGACGCUAAAGUAAAGGAAAUAGUAUGCCAAAUGAUCGAAACAUAUUAUAUACGAUACUAUUGUGAAACCUUUGCUAUAAUUUAGUGUCCGGCACCGAUGCAUCACCACUGGCUUUAGAGCUUACCAAGCCAAGUCCUUUGGUGCCUUGUAUGGCGAAAAAGGAAAAUUUUAGUGAAACAAACACUUCCAUUCCAAAUUCUACACGGAGCAAAUCAUCAGGAAAAGUGAUCGUGGGAAAUGCAGCAACAUGUAGUAGUAUAAGAACUUCUGAAGUGUUAGAUGACAGCAAGAAGUACAACAACAUUCAUUCAGGAAUAGAUGAUUUUGUAUUGCUUAGAACUGGAAUGAAAUCAUCAUCAAGGUGUCCUCCAAGUAUGUUCAUCAUAUAACGCUUUAUUAUAUACGUAGACAUAAUAAAGUUAAUCUUGUAAGAAAGAAAUCUCUAAAUGUUAAGGAACCUGAAUAUUUUUUUAUUUUGAAUGCAUUUUUAAUUAAAUUAAGAAAAAGAAUUGCGAGUUGUGUUUUAUAUAAAGCCGUUGUACAUGGCAUCACAGUUUCUCAGUUCUAUAAACUGUGAUGGCAUAUUAUUGUUCACUGACUAUAUAAUAUAUAAAAUACAUUGAGAUGCAAAUUUUAAUUUCGAUAUUUCAAAUAUACAUAAUAUAAAGAAUGCAUAUAUAUCAAGAAUGAAACGGUGCACUAAAGUUCCCAAAUCAAUUUAUUCAUAUUUUUAGAAGCCAUUGUGAAAGCGAUGAAGGUUGAUCAAAGAAAUGGAGACCAGAAUGACGAUAUUCUCACUAAGGUUACUUAUAACUUCAUUAUAACAAUUAAUGUUUAAUUCCUCGUGUUUUUUUAUUAAUCUAUAGUUGGAAAACUAGUUAAAAAUUAAGCACGUCUUCAAUAAAUUGGUUGUUUUAAAGUAUAAUACUGGAUUAUACUUUUGAAGAAGAUGCACGCCAACAAAUUUCCAUGGUGACAGCAUUUUAAAUUAGGGGUUAAAAAGGCAGUGUUAAUGAGAAAAUACAUUGAAAACUUUUAAAUGCUUCUUUAUGUAAUUUGUAACCAAUAUAUCAUAUAACAGAUACGAAUCAGAGGAUAAAUCAUUAUUGCAAGUGUUUCAGGUUUUAUAGACCUUACACUAUUUACUCCAUGGUUUUAAUCAUACGCUUACAAUAGUAGACAUGCAUGCACUCUAUUUAAAACAGCUACCUUUUGUUUUUAAGAUGGAAAAUUUCAAAGACCAUGCUGAAGUUGUUGAUGCUUCGCUAGCUGGCGAACUUCAAACUGCUUACAACUAUAUCGAAAACUACAUCCGACCUUGUCUCCUACAAUUACAAGAAGCAGGGUGUGUCGCAUCCUCGUACACCACCAGUAAUCUUACUGCAGACUACACAAGAUUCGUCUUGAAACAAGAGGAAAGGAAGAAAUCAGAUAUCUUCAGUACAGAUCAAACUUGUGAUGUCAAAAGACAUAAGAUGUUGAUCUGUCUACAUGUUUUCGUCACAACUGCUGAACUCAUAAGAGAAUGUGGAAUUACAGUCGCUCAAG